ACACCGCGUUGUACUCGCCAUUGAAAGGCUUCAACUUCGGCCGUGACGAUUUCCGCGACGCUCCCUACUCGGCUGAGUACCAUCAUGAUCAGUGGAGCGACACCUGCGUCGACAGCAGAAAUGGGUUCUACUCAUUCGCCCAUGUCCUAGUCUGGCUGGGCAUAAUCCACAAAGACGACGUCGUGCCAAGCCCCACGACGAGCCCAGACGACACGGCUGAGAAGCAAACACAGAGGGAAGUCGCGCGGCGGUUUGCAGACUCGGCGCUCGAUGUCGGCCGGAGAAAAUACCACGCCGCUCAUCUAGCUGCAGAUUACAGAGACGCCGCCGCAUUGGCAUUCGCUCUGGAAGCCACCUACCACUAUCGCAGCGGUGCAACGUCAGAUCGGCGGCAGAUCUGCAGGGACUUGCUUUUCAACCCGGUGCCCGAGUACAACGAGUCGUACCAAGCCGCGACAAUGUUCGGCCAGGCAGUCGACGCGGAGAUAAGGCUGGGAGACGACAGUUUCUCCCCCCUCAUCGAGGCCCUUUUGCUCUUCGAGGCCAAGUACCUCGGUGAAGGCGCUACGGGGUCCGAGUCCCAGCUCGGAAAGGUCAAUCAGUGGUCUAUCCUUCCUGGAGAAUGGGACCAUAAGACGAAACGGUACCAGCCCAGCAAGACGUAUAAUCUCCUCACCUGGUCUAUCCUCAAGAUGGGGGAGCGGACCUUGUGUCGGCUCCUCAAACUGGCUGUCCCGGCUGUUGUGAGCGAGCCGAGUCCGGGCGGUCAAACUCCGAUGGAGGUGGCGGAGUGGUAUGGACGCGAGGAUGUCAUCAAGGUUUUGAAAGAGGACUGCAAGAUGGAACAACAGAAACCGACAUCGAGCGCAACGAACGUUCGGACCUAAGGUUACCUAGCGAUGUAUCGAUCGGCUUCGCUGAUGACGCUAGGUUAUGUGGCUAACCAUCUCGAAUGAGGGGUCCUUCCAGCAGUAAUUUUCCACGAUGUUAGUUACAUGCUAUUCAUGGCUUGAAGUUCAGCCCGGAAAGAUGGAGCAAAGAAGGCAGGAUGUGGAAGAUUGGGGGGAAAAGAAACACACUCUAUUCCUCGAGAGGGAAACAUGUACUCUACUCAGUCUCUUCAUCGUCUUUCUGCUCCAUUUGCGCUUUCGCAUAUCAAGGCAACUUCCACACA